AUGUCGGAAAUUAACGAUCACACAGCCCAUGCUGUUAGUCAAUCUGGUGGAAAGACUGCCUUUAAGGAUUACAUUGGACAAUUCGCUCACAUUGAAGAUCCAAUUGAAAGAAGAAGAUUAGCCUUAGAAGAAAUUGAUAAGACUGGAUUCGGAUGGACCCAAAUUAAGAUGAUUAUGAUUGCAGGUGUCGGUUUCCUUACCGAUUCUUAUGAUAUCUUUGCCAUUAAUAUGGGUAUCGGUAUGAUUGGUUACGUAUACUGGAAGGAUGGUGCUAUCCCAGCUUCAACUACUACUCUUAUCAAGGUUUCUACUUCUGUUGGUACUGUUAUUGGUCAAGUUGGAUUUGGUUUGUCUGCUGAUAUUUUCGGUCGUAAGAAGAUUUACGGUUUAGAAUUGAUUAUUAUGAUCUUUGCUUGUAUCUCUCAGUGUGUUAUUGGUUCAUCUCCUGCAGUUAACUUUGCUGCUAUCUUCUCCUUCUGGAGAAUUAUUAUGGGUAUCGGUAUUGGUGGUGAUUAUCCACUUUCUUCCAUUAUCUCAUCCGAAUUCUCUACCACCAAGUGGAGAGGUGCUAUCAUGUCCACAGUUUUCUCUAAUCAAGGUCUUGGUCAAUUAUUGGCUGGUAUUGUUACCGUUAUCUUGGUUGAAGGUUACAAAGACACUUUGAUUGUUGCUGACAAGCCAGCUGACUGUGGUCCUCACUGUAUUCAUGCUUUGGAUACCAUGUGGAGAGUUUUAGUUGGUUUCGGUUGUGUUCCAGGUUGCAUUGCUUUAUACUACAGAUUGACUAUCGCUGAAUCUCCAAGAUAUACCUUAGAUGUCGAUGAAAAUGAUGUCUUUGCCAAGGUUGCUGACGCUGAAGCUGCAAUUGAUGUUCACGCUCAAGACAUUGCCCCACCAAAGGCUUCAUUCAAGGAUUUCUGGAGACAUUUCGGUCAAUGGAGAUAUGGUAAGAUUUUGCUUGGUACUGCUGGUUCAUGGUUCAUGUUGGAUGUUGCCUACUACGGUUUGGGUUUAAACACCUCUUUGAUUUUGGGAACUAUCGGUUACGCUUCUUCUAAGAAUGUUUACCACAGUUUACACAACACCGCUGUUGGUAACUUGAUUUUGAUCUGUGCUGGUUCUCUUCCAGGUUACUGGGUCACUGCUGCCACUGUUGACACAGUUGGUAGAAAGCCAAUCCAAAUUGGUGGUUUCAUUAUCUUAACCAUUCUUUUCUGUGCUAUUGGUUUCGGUUACAACAAAUUAUCAGUCAACGGUGGUAAGGGUUUGUUCGGUUUAUACGUUGUUGCCCAAUUUUUCCAAAAUUUCGGUCCAAACACCACUACUUUCUUGGUUCCUGGUGAAGUUUUCCCAACCAGAUACAGAUCUUCUGCUCAUGGUAUUUCUGCUGCUGCUGGUAAGGUCGGUGCUAUCAUUGCCCAAACUUGUAUUGGUACUUUAGUUAACCACGGAUGUGCCAAGAAGGGUUUGAAGACAAACUGUUUCUUACCACAUGUUAUGGAAAUCUUUGCAUUAUUCAUGUUGAUUGGUAUCUUCACCUCUUUGUUGAUCCCAGAAACCAAGAGAUUAACCUUAGAAGAAAUCUCUGAGAGGUACCAUGGUGAAACUGACACUACUAAAAUCGGUAAGGAUAGAUACGCUACUCAAGAAGAAUCAUAUGACUCUGACUUGAAGCAAUAA